AUGUCGAUGCCUCCUCCUGGCGAUGGCUUCGGCGGCUACGCAGGCCAGCAGUAUGGCCAAUACGCCGCCGAAGAACAGCAGCCUCAACAAGGCUAUGAAGACCAAGCCGCCGCCCAGCAGCCGCAGCAGCACGAAGCCGCCCACCACAAGAAGAAGAAGCGAGGAUAUGCGGCCCAGGCAUUCGAGGUUGGCACUGGCGCCAACGCCGUCGCCGGUAGCCAAACCCAGAGCGCUCCCCAACAAUACGGCGCUCCUGCUGCUCAGGCCGCUCCUGGUUAUGGAGGUUACCAAGCCGAGCCUCAAGCUGCCGCUCCCCAGGGCUACCCAAGCUAUGGAGCACAGCAACCCGCCGCUCAGGCUCCUCAGUACGGUUAUCAAGCUCCCGAUCAAGGCUAUCCAGCACCCGGCGCUGGUCAGCCUGCGCCUGGUAUCGGUGGUAUCACCCAGGGUAUGGGCAACAUGAGCGUUGGAGGACAGCCUCAACAACAACAGUCCGCCCAGCAGGCUCGCCCUGCUGUUCUCAACCAGCUCUACCCUACCGAUCUCCUCAGCCAGCCCUUCAAUGUCUCGGAGCUCGACCUUCCUCCGCCCCCGAUCGUUCUCCCCCCUAACACGAGCGUGACCCCAUCUCCCGACGCCAACUGCUCCCCGCGAUACUUCCGAUCUACGCUCAACGCUGUUCCCACCACCCACUCUCUCCUCAAGAAGUCCAAGCUGCCCCUCGCUCUUGUUAUCCAGCCUUAUGGAUCUCUUCACGACGACGAGGACCCCGUACCCAUUGUUCAGGAUCAGGUCAUCUCGCGCUGCCGACGAUGCAGAACAUAUAUCAAUCCUUAUGUCACCUUUUUGGACCAGGGUCACCGCUGGAGGUGUAACAUGUGUAACCUCACCAACGACGUCCCCCAGGCUUUCGAUUGGGAUGCUGCUGCCCAGCAGGCUGUUGACCGAUGGCAGCGACCCGAGCUGAACCACGCUGUCGUCGAGUUCGUUGCGCCUCAGGAGUACAUGGUUCGCCCACCCCAGCCUCUCAUCUACCUGUUCUGCUUCGAUGUCAGCUACGCUGCCGUUUCGACCGGCCUCCUGGCCACCGCGGCCCGAACCAUCUUGGACAGCCUAAACAGGAUACCAAAUGCCGAUCGCCGCACGCGCCUGGGUUUCUUGGCUGUCGAUUCUAGCCUCCACUACUUCUCGGUUCCCAAGGACUCUGACGAGAAUGCCGAGCCCAGCAUGCUGGUCGUCAGCGACCUCGAUGAGCCCUUCCUCCCUAUCCCCACCGACCUCCUGGUUCCCCUGACAGAGAGUCGCCAGAGUGUUGAGAGGUUCCUGCAGAAGUUGCCCGAUAUGUUCCAGAACAACCAGAGCAACGGCUCGUGUAUGGGAUCCGCCCUCCGCGCUGCUCACAAGCUCAUCUCAACCCUUGGUGGUAAGAUUGUCGUCCUGAGCGCGUCUCUUCCCAACAUGGGCGUCGGCAAGCUUGAGAUGCGAGAGGAUAAGAAGUUGCUUGGUACAUCCAAGGAGGGCGGUCUCCUGCAGACUGCUAACAGCUUCUACAAGAGCUUCGCUGUGGAGUGUUCAAAGAGCCAGGUGUCCAUCGACAUGUUCCUCUUCUCCUCCCAAUACCAGGAUGUUGCUUCUCUGAGCAACCUUCCCCGAUACACUGGUGGCCAGACCUGGUUCUACCCUGGCUGGCAUGGCUCACGACCUGAGGAUGCUCUCAAGUUUGCCUCAGAGUUCAGUGACUACCUGUCAUCCGAGAUUGGUCUGGAGGCUGUUCUCCGAGUCCGUGCCACCAGCGGUCUGCGGAUGAACACCUUCUACGGCAACUUUUUCAACCGAAGCUCUGAUCUCUGCGCUUUCCCUGCCUUCCCUCGCGACCAGUGCUACGUGGUUGAGGUGGCGAUUGACGAGAACCUCACCAAGAACGUCAUCUGUCUCCAAGCUGCCGUCCUGCACACAACAUGCAAUGGCGAGCGCCGCAUUCGUGUCAUGACUCUGGCUCUCCCUACAACAACAAACCUCUCGGAUAUGUAUGCCUCUGCUGAUCAGUGUGCCAUCACCACCUACUUCAGCCAUAAGGCGGUUGAGCGAGCACUCUCGAGCGGUCUUGAUGCUGCCCGAGAUGCUCUGCAGAGCAAGAUCACAGAGCUUCUGCAGACGUUCAAGAAGGAGCUCGCAGGAGGCAGCAUGGGCGGCGGUCUGCAGUUCCCUGCCAACCUGCGUGGCCUUCCCCUUCUGUUCCUUGGUCUGAUCAAGAACGUGGGUCUUCGCAAGUCAUCCCAGAUCCCCUCCGACAUCAGGUCGGCGGCCCUCUGCCUCCUGUCAACACUUCCUGUGCCUCUUCUGAUGCGAAGCAUUUACCCUCGACUGUACUCUCUACACGACAUGCCAGAGAAUGCAGGAACACCCGACGAGCAGACUGGCCAGAUUGUGCUCCCUCCUGCGCAGAACCUGUCAUCAGAACGACUUGUCCCUUACGGUUUGUACCUGAUCGACGAUGGGCAGACCCAGUUCCUGUGGGUCGGCCGAGACGCGGUGCCACAGCUGGUUCAGGAUGUGUUUGGAGUGGAAGAUCGAAGCCAGCUCCAGGUCGGCAAGGGUCGCGUGCCAGAACUGGAUAGCGAUUUCAACGAGCGCGUGCGGGCUGUGAUCCAGAAGAGCCGGGAUCACAAGUCACUGGGUGUCGGCAGCAUCACGCUGCCCCACCUCUACAUUGUGCGGGAGGAUGGAGAACCCAGUCUGAAGAUAUGGGCCCAGACGCUGCUUGUGGAGGACCGAGCCGACCAGGGAGUGAGCGCAGCGCAGUGGCUGGGCAUGUUGAGAGAAAAGGUUGUUCAGUAA